CCCUACACCACUGCGAACAAAUCAACCUUUCGCGACUGCACAAACACCAGGAGACAACAGGCCUGUCUUUUAUAAUGGAUGUUUAUGGAGGAGAUUCUUUGGUGUACUGAAUAAACUGCUUUUGUGAGGAAACAGAUAAUCCCUCAUUAAUCGACCGCCUGUCUAAUCUUCAACAUGUUUUACACUAAACAAUCUUUUUGGAAUAAACAAUGUGUGAGUUUACUAUGAUAAAAUUGCUGUUUUAAUAAGAGAAGUCACGGAUGAUUAUCCGCAAACGAUGACUUACUGUCGUAACAUGCUAGUUGACCGUUACGUGUCGGAAAACCGGAAAAUGCUAGGAUGAAAAUAAGGUGCUUUUCAAACUGUCCAGUUAUUUAGUCCAGUUUCCUAAAUAUUUCCAUUCAUUCAAAAACUAUAACAUUUCAAAAGGCAACAAGUCAGCUGCAUACAUUUUCAGAUGCAACACAAUGGCACUGACGUGGUAUAUAAACAAUUAAAUUAAUAUAAAAUUGUAUAUAUGAAGAAUUUCAGUCAGGAUUUAGGAACCAUCAUAGGACAGAGAUUGAACUUAUAAGAGUUACAAAUGACUUGGCUCAUAUCAUCUGAUAUUAUAUCAUCUUUUAGAUCUCAGACAGGGAUCCUUUUCUUGUCAAUCUCACGAGAUUCAUGUUCAGAAGGGAUCCUUCUUGUCAAUCUCGUGAGAGUCGUGUUUAGAAGGGAUCCUUCUCAGGAUUUAGGCACCAUCAUAGGACAGAGACAAUACUUAAAAGAGUUACAAAUGACUUGGCUCAUAUCAUCUGAUCGCGGCUGCAUUUCACUUCUAGUGCUUAGAUCUUAGUGCUGCAUUCCACAAAAUAGAUCACAACAUUCUCUUGAAUAGUCUGGAUAAUUAUGUUGGCAUUAUUGGACUUGCAUUAGCAUGGUUUAGGUCCUGUGUAUCAGACUGCUACCACUUUGACUGUGUAAAUGAGGAAUUGUCAAAUCCUCAAAAAGUUAAGUAUGGAGUGCCACAGGGUUCAGUUUUAGAGCCUUUAAUUUUCUCCUUAUACAUGCUUCCCCUGAGAGAUAUUAUCAGGAACCGUGGAAUUUGUUUUCACUGUUAUGCCGACAAUACCCAAUUUAAUAUUUUAUCGAAACCGAUAAAAUUUCACAAUUCUCCAAAUUGAGUGUAUCAAUGAAAUAACUAAUGUAAUGGAUAGAAAUCUCCCUCAACUAAAUUCAGACAAAACAUAGGUACUAAUUACCUGACCAAAAACCUCUUAAAAUAAGCUGCUAAAAUAUAAUUUGACUCUUGAUGGAUUUACGGUUAUGUCGUCUUCCACAUGCUCUCUGUUGCUGAUGCUGAAAAGCUAAUAAAUUAAUGUGACCUCAAGACUUUUAUUGUAACGCACUACUGGGAGGAUAUCCAGCAAGUUCAGUAAAUAAACUUCAAUUGGUUCAAAAUGCAGCAGCCAGAGUGCUGACUAGAACCAAGAAAUAUGAUCUUAUUAGCCCCAUUUUAUCAUCAUUACAUUGGAUACCUGUUAAAUUUCUUAUUCAUUUAAAAAUUCUGUUAACUACAAAGCUUUGAAUGGUCUAGCUCAGCAGUACUUAAGUGACCUUCUGGCCUAUUCCAUCAUGUUCAUUACAAUUGCAAAAUUCUGGCCUGUUAAUACCUAGAAGAAAAAAAAAUUCACAAAAGGAGGUAGAUCCUUUUCAUAUUAGUCUUCUGGAGCUGGUUUGGGACACAGGCUGUGAAUUAAUUAAGUGAUUAGCUGUUUCAUUACAAAAGCAGUUUAUUCAGCGUACUGAAGCAUCUCCUCCAUUGACAUCCAUAAAAUAAGAACAGAUCAUGUCUCCUCACUUAUGUCCCGGCGCGUUACGCUAACCUUGAAGGUUCCACAUGGAGAAGGGCUCUGGGACAGCCGUUUCUGCCUAGCGGUCAAGGGCGGUGCUAUGAAUAACGGCAUAAUUUUAUUUUGAUAUAAAGGCAGUUGCCAGAGUUUAUUUAGCAGAGAUGUACCACUUUUAUUAAAAUAAAUGGGAGAAAGUGGAACUCCCAAACAAGAAGCUCAAACGCCCAACGGUCGAAAGAUGAAGAAGGGAAGUCCCGCCUUACAGGUAAAAGAGCCAAUCACCUUUUAGAUACAGACAUCGCCUGUCAAUCAACUCGCUAACGCGCAUUAGCCAUACAAGUCGGGAAAAUUGCGUGUUUUUAACAUAAUGAGGCAAAGAAGUACAAUUUAUUAUUCCAAUAUGAUCCGAUUGUAUUGCUAAUUUGAAAUACGUUCUUCGAUCGUAAUCUUGACCAACUGUUUUUUGAGAUUUUGGGGUUCCCCCAUUCAAGUAGACAGGAACUGCACUUGCAUAGUCUCCCAGGAGCGGUUCGAAGAUGGCAGACAGUGGACUGACUUGUUGUAGAGACUUGGCAGUUGCACAAUAGUGACGCCUCCAAUACAUUUUGAUUGUGUUACACACGCCCAGGUUUAUUUUCAUCUGCAUUUGGCGGGAGCCAAUUUCAAAUAUUGUUUAAAAAAUGUGAAGAAAUGUCAGGGGUGGCAUUGCCUCAAAUUGGGCCUGGUUAUUGUGCUUUUCUUUUACAUUAUAUAGAGAUUGCUAAUGUGAUGUCAUCGUGACGUAUUACCAGUGGUGAACGCAAAGCAUUUUGGGAAUCCGCGGCACAAACAGAAGGCGCCAGACUUGAUUGCAUGGAGGGAAGAACGCAGUGUUCAAGCUUGGAAAAAUAAUAGUACAAGCCAUGUUUCAGAGGUGACAAAAAGGCUGACGAAUGGCAUGGAUAGCAGCAGUAAGGAGGCCCAAGAUUACCUUUGAUAACACUCCACCACACAUGAUGGUGUGUUCAAAGCAUUUUCACAAAGGCUAACCUGCCUAUGAAAUGUUGGAGUGUAAUCCUGACUGGGCCCCUUCUCUGUACCUCGGCCAUACUGAGGUCAAAGCUACGAACACAGAGCGGUUCAAGUGGUUUAGGAGAACAGCGACGAGUUCACAACAACAGCAACCCCCAUCGCUAGGCACUGACAACACUGGUCCUGAGGCUGAGUUGGAAGCUCACAUGAAUCAACCUCUAUCGCCAGGCACUGACCACACUGGUCCUGAGGCUGAGUUGGAAGCUCUCAUGAAUCAACCUCCAUCGCCAGGCACUGACCACACUGGUCCUGAAGCUGAGUUGGAUAAUGCAGCACCUUUAUACCCUGACAACACUACACCUGCAACCAGUAAAAAGCAGAACACCGAGAACUGUGGCUUUCUUCAGAAGCUCUCGCCUGGAGACCUAGUGUUAGCGGACUGUGGAUUUUAUAUUAAAGAAAGUGUUGCCCUUGUGGGUGCUACACUGAAAAUACCUGCCUUCACCAGGGGCCAUCACCAAUUUAAUGCAAAAAAUGUGGAACAGACCAGGAAGUUAGCUCAUGUCAGGAUACACAUGGAGCGAGUGAUAGGGUGUAUGCGCUCUAAGUUUAACAUAUUAAAUGACACAAUACGCCUGGGAUUUGUGGUGCCUUGUGAGGGGGAGGAUAAAACUGCUGGAUAAAAUUGUGGUUGUGUGCUGUGCUUUGACCAAUAUGUGUCCAAGUAUUGUUGUGAAGCCG